ACCCAAACCACCAUGGCUUCUAUAUCACGCCGGGCCAUGGCAGAAGCCGUGGCCUCGAGCAGCGCACGGAUACGCCCGCUCGCAUCGUCCCCAGCAGCAACCGCUGCUCGCUGCUUCCUCGCAACGCCCUCGCGAUCCCUCGCGACCUCGAGCGCGGCCGCAGCGCCGAAGAAGCAGCUCUCGGGCCGCGGCAAGGAGCGCUUCAACUUCAACACCUCGCUGUCGAUGACUGAUGACCCGGACCCGGACCACGUGAACUUCCGCCUCGUGUCGGCGGCCGAGGUGGCCAACUACCGCGAGCCACCUACGCGCGUCAAGAUGCUCGUGCGCGACUUUAUCGACGACAGCUUGUACAAUCCGCACUAUGGCUACUUUUCUAAAAACGUGACCAUCUUCACGCCGCCCACGGCGUCAGGCUACGACUUCAGCAGUUUCCGUGACCAGGCGGCGUUCCAGGAGGCCGUGGCGGAGCGGUACGAGGCCGAGUACGGCGGCGCGGGCGAGGGCCUCAGUCGGCAGGUGUGGCACACGCCGACCGAGCUCUUCAAGCCGUACUUUGCGCGGGCGCUCACGAGCGCUAUUCUGAGCCAGUACAAGCUCAACCACUUCCCGCACGAGGACCUGAUCAUCUACGAGGUCGGCGCGGGCAACGGCUCGUUCAUGGCCGACACGCUCUCCUUCCUCCGGGACGAGCACCCCGAGGUGUUUGCGCGCACCAAGUACCGCAUCAUCGAGAUCAGUGCCGCGCUCGCUGGCGCCCAGCAGGCGCGCGCCAAGAAGGAAGGGUUCCCGAACAUCGAGGUCAUCAACCAGGACGUGUUCAAGUGGCAGGGCGGUGGAGACCAGCCGUGCUUUGUGAUUGCGAACGAGGUGUUUGACAACUUUGCGCACGACAUGAUCCGCUACGACAUGGUCACGCUGCAGCCUCACCAGGCCGUCGUGUCGAUUGACAGGCAUGGAGACUUCUCGCUACUCUACGAGCCAGUGACGGACCCGUUGCUGCGCCGAGUGCUCGCGUACCGGCGGUUGCUGCCGCCGAGCACCAACACGCAGCCGCCGCUCAGCAAGCCGAUGCUCGCGUCGUCGACGCUGCGAUCGGUGUACUCGCAGAUGCCGUUCGUGCCCAACCUCUCCCCGCCCGACUUCAUCCCGACCAAGGCGAUCGCGUUCCUCGAGCGCAUGCGCGACCAGCUCCCGCGGCACCGGCUGCUCGUGUCCGACUUUUCAGAGCUGCCCGAUGCCGUGCCCGGCCGCAACGGCCCAGUCGUGCAGACGCGCUACGGCACCAACAUGGUGCCGUGCGAGACCUUCCUCGUCAAGCAGGGGUACUUUGACAUCUUCUUCCCGACCGACUUUGAGCUCCUCCGCGACACGUAUUCGCUCAUCAUGAACUCGCCGUCCCGGCGCGACGAGGCACCGCCACCCAAGGAGGCCAAGGCCAAGGGCAAGGCGCAAAGCCGCCUCGGCAGCGAGUUCUUCUCGUCGACCGGCGUGCGCGGCUUCCGACGCCGCUCGAUCGGCGUAUACCCGCAGACCGAGUUUAUCCAAAAGUUUGGCGGCAAGGAUAUUGUGCAGGCCACGAGGACGCGCGACGGACAGAGCCCAAUGCUGGGCAUGUACCACAACGCCAAGAUUCUGUUUUGAGGACAAGGAGUAGAUCAUUAGCAUUGACCACCACUGCAUGGCAUAGAUCUCGGCACUGUCAUCAUUGUAGACGAGUAUCACAUAGGGCAUCAAGCUGCCGGGUUACUGAACAA